CGGGCUCCUCCUCGCUGACGGGGCUCCCCAGAACUGGCGGAGGCGGGGCCGCGGGCUGAGCUGCCGCAGUGUCUGGACCCGCGGUGCGGCAGGUGCCGGCAGCCGGGGACCCAGCUGCAUCAGGAUCUCAUUAUGCAUCAGAAAAAUGAAAAAGCAGAAGAAAAUUCUAUGGAGGAAAGGAAUCCAUUUAGCCUUUUCUGAGAAAUGGAAUACAGGGUUUGGAGGUUUUAAGAAGUUCUGCUUUCACCAACAUUUGUGCAUUCUGAAAGCCAAAUUGGGAAGGCCAAUUACUUGCAGCAGACAGUUGAGGCAUUUUCAGUGCAGAAAGAAGGCCCUUCAAAUCCAGAACACGUGGAUCCAGGAUGCACCUUUUUUUGCUAAGACAAAGUCCAGUGUGGCUGCUCAAAAUGUUAGUACUUUGUCCACUAAAGUGAAAAGGAAAAACUCUAAACACUUCAUUUCGUCCUCAAGGACCCUCCUGAGACUCCAAGCAGAGAGGCUGCUGCCAUCAGCAAAGAACUCUGACCAUGAAUACUGUGGAGAGAAAAGUAUCUUGAAGGCUGUUGCUGACUUACCAGCAAAUAAUGUUUUAGGUCAGGCCAAUGGUCACCGACCUAGGACGGAGCCACAAGCUUCUGACUUUCCUAUGAAGUUCAAUGGGGAGAGCCAAAGUCCAGGUGAGAGUGGCACAAUUGUGGUCACCUUGAGCAACCAUAAGAGAAAGCGCUUUUGUUAUGGCUGCUACCAAGGUCUGGAACACCACAGGAAUGGGGGACCCCUAAUUCCAAAAAAGUUUCAGCUUAACCAACCUAGAAGAAUAAAAGUAUCUCCUUUUAUGAUGUAUGAGAAAUUAUCCAUGAUUAGAUUUCGGUACAGGAUUCUCAGAUCCCAGCACUUCAGAACAAAAAGCAAAGUUUGCAAGCUAAAAAAAGCCCAGCGAAGCUGGGUGCAGGUCACUGGGGACCAUCAAGAGACCCUUAGGGAAAACGGUGAGGGUGGCAAUUGCAGCCCAUUCCCUUCCCCAGAACCUAAAGACCCUUCUUGUCAGCAUCAACCGUACUUUCCAGAUAUGGACAGCAAUGCUGUGGUGAAGGGAAAGAACUCUCAUUUGCCUGAUGGCCACACUAAAGGAAGCCCUUUCUUGGGCAAGGAGCUUAGUUUAGAUGAAACCUCCCCUGACCAACAGAAUGGCAGUGCCACAUAUACCUGGGACCACUCCCCCUGUUCCUCUCCUAAGUGGGAGUGUACAGAGCUGAUUCAUGACAUCCCCUUACCAGAACAUCAUUCUAGUAAUGUGUUUAUCUCGGAAACCGAAAGAGAAGUCAUGACUCUGGGUCAGGAAAAUCGGACAAGUACUGUCAGUGAUGACAGAGUAAAACUGUCAGUGUGUGGGGCAGAUCAAUCUGUGAGUAGUGUAGAUGGGCCUGUGUCUGAAAAGACUGUUCAGAAUGAGAGCUCAUGCCAGAUGGAUGAGGAUGGAUCUCUCAAGCAGAACAUUCUUAGUUCUAAGUUGCUGGACCACCCUUACUGUAAAAGUCCACUGGAGGCUCCUCUGACAUGCAGUGGACUCAAACUAGAAAAUCAAGCAGGAAGUGGGAAGAACAGUCAGAAAGCCUCUCCAGUGGAUGAUGAGCAGCUAUCAAUCUGCCUUUCUGGAUUCCUAGAUGAGGUUAUGAAGAAGUAUGGCAGUUUGGUCCCACUCAGUGAAAAAGAUGUCCUUGGAAGACUAAAAGAUGUCUUUAACGAAGACUUUUCUAAUAGAAAACCAUUUAUCAAUAGAGAAAUAACAAACUAUCGGGCCAGACAUCAAAAAUGCAACUUCCGCAUCUUCUACAACAAGCACAUGCUGGAUAUGGAUGAUCUGGCAACUCUGGAUGGUCAGAAUUGGUUGAAUGACCAGGUCAUUAAUAUGUAUGGUGAGCUGAUAAUGGAUGCAGUCCCAGACAAAAUUCCAUCUAUUUAUUCAUGAGAGACACAGAGGGAGAGAGAGGGGCAGAGACACAGGCAGAGGGAGAAGCAGGCUCCAUGCAGGGAGCCCGACGUGGGACUUGAUCCCGGGUCUCCAGGAUCACACCCUGGGCUGAAGGCGGCGCUAAACCGCUGGGCCACCGGGCUGCCCUGUGUCAGGCUUUUAAAUUUAAAUUAGUCUUAAUUCUCUUUAAAGAUGUAGUAAAUAUCACUUUUUUUGUGGAUUAAUCUUUGAUACUGUGUUCGGAUACAAACAAACCCUCCCUUAGCCUCUCAGUUCCCAUAAGAGCUUACUUACUAUUAAAAAUAUUUUUUUAAUUUAAUGUGUUAAUUUUUCAGAGUAUCCAGAUUGCCUGAUGGGCAGCCUUUGAUUUCAACAUACAAAACCUUUCCAAGUACUUUAUAAACUUUUAUAAAUCUAAUCAUUUAAACAGGUAAAUAAAAUGCAGCUGAGAUUUUAACACUUUAUGAAUAUACAAAAUGUCUUAUAACUUCUCACUUAUGUGAAAUUCUCUUAAUCACCAGAAAGUUUAAACCUAAACACACAUGAUUUUUAACAUAAAAGUAUUAAUUUCAAGGGUAUAAAAAAAAUUUCAAGGGUAUAAUUUACCUUCAUUACUUCUACAUUUAAUUCUGAACCUUUAACUGGAUUAAAAGGACACUUACUAAGGCAGUGGUUCUCAAAGUGCAGUCCCCAGACCAGCAGCAUCAAUGUUACCUAGAAAUUUACUAGAGAUGCAAAAUUUUGUACUCUAGCCCACCUAUACUGAAUCAAAAGCUAGCAAUCUGUUUUAACAAGCCCUCUUUUUUUAAGAUUUUAUUUAUUCAUGAGAGAGAGAGAGAGAGGCAGAGACACAGGGAGAGGGAGAAGCAGGCUCCAUGCAGGGAGCCUGACGUGGGAGCCUGAUGUGGGACUGGAUCCCAGGACCCCAGGAUCAGGCCUGGGCUGAAGGUGAUGCUAAACUGCUGAGUCACCGGGGCUGCCCAGCCCUCAGGAUUCUGAUGCACACAAAGUUUGAGAAUCACUGCUCUAGAAAUAGCUACUACAAGCUCUUUUUAUUGAUAUCUUAAGCUGCAGUUUUUUUUUUUUUUAAUUAGAGAUAUCAUUUGAGAGAGAGAGCAUGAACAGUGGGGAGAGGGAACAGUGGGGAGAGGGAGAAGCAUUCUCCACUGAGUAGAGAGCCUUAACUUGGGGCUGGAUUCCAGGACUCUUGGAUCAUGAUUUGAGCUGAAGGCAGAGGUCAACUUACUGAGCCACCCAGGCACCCCAAAGCUGCAGAGCUCUAAAAACAAAUAUGCAUUCAGAUCUUCUGGAAGGUUUAUCAUAACCAGGCUCCAGGGCUCCACCCUUAGUUUCUGCAUUAGGAGGUCUGGGGUGGCGCCUGAAAAUUUGCAUUUUAGCAAGUUUCCAAGUGAUGCUGAAACUGCUGAUCUGGUAACCCUGAUAAUCUCAGCACUAGGAAUGUUUUUUCAUCUCAAGAAGAUCAGAGUUACUGAGUGAACACUUUAAGACCCAAGAUGUUUACUAUUUCAGAUGAGCUGAUCGUAAUUUAUAAGCCAGAAAUUCGAAGCCAGGACAUGAAGUUCCAUGUGACCGGGUAAUUCUUUCAGUGCUAGAAGUGAUCAUGUUAAGGCCUUAUUACAGUUUUUAUAUAAAAAGAGUCUGCAAAUCCACAUCCUUCAGAGGAGGUUAGUUUUGUAAUCCAUACCCCUUGAGUUCAAGGUACUGUUACCUCAUUCUUUCUCAGCCUUUUUCAGUUUUAUCACCUAAUUUGGAGAGAUUUGUCAGGUUGCUUCUCUACUUGAUUGAAUUCAGGUGAUCUAUUUCCUUACUGUCCCAUUCCAGUUCUGGCUAUAGACCACAGUGCUAUUCUAAGAAAAUUUGGAACAGAAUCUUGUGAAUCAUGUAAUGCAUUUUCUAUAGAAGAAAUUUUUCCUCACCUUUUGGUCUGCCUUACAUACAAGGGAUUUUAAAUUUCCAUUUUCUUUUUGAAGUUAAAUCUGGGGAUAGCUUAAUAUAAUCUGGGUGCUUGUAUUUAAUGUCUCUUCUAGGUUCACUUCUUCAACAGCUUUUUUCACAGACAGCUGGUAACCAAAGGAUAUAAUGGAGUAAAAAGAUGGACUAAA